AACCGUUCAAUGGGAUUCCUCAAAUUACCUAUGGAGGGCAGUAAUGCGCUUUUCUAUGUCUAGUCUGCUGCAAAUGUCAUCAGAAGAAGAAAAUACAGCUAGCGUUAGCUCCAUUAUUUAAUUGACCACCACGUCGGUGUAGAAGGAAAACAAACUCGGCCGAACCAUCCUGUUCUGAAACGGAGCCUUUAAAAUGGCAGGCGAGGAGGAACGGGGGGUGGUUCGUGUCAAAGUCAUGAAAUGUGAUGGGGUGCUGCCUGUGGAGUUUCGCUCUUUUGCUGUUGAUCCUCAGAUAACAUCACUGGAGGUCUUGCAGCACAUACUAAUCAGAGCCUUUGAUUUGAACGGGAAGCGGAAUUUCAGCAUCAGUUAUCUGUCUCGAGAUCGGAGUGGUGCUGACGUGUAUCUGUCGCUGGUGUCUGACUGGGAUUUGGAUGUUGCAUUCGUCAGUGCAGCCAAGCCACAUCUACAGCUCAAGAUUGACAUAAAGCCCUCUGAAGAGAGCCCUGUUAUGGAGGACUGGGAUAUCAUAAGCCCCAAAGACGUGAUUGGCUCUGAGCAGCUUCUCACAGAGAGGACUAAGUCUUUGGCAUCUGCAGCUCUACCCUUCACUCAGUCUCUACUCUCCCAGGUGGGCCGGACCCUGUCUAGAGUCCAACAGGCCUUCAGCUGGUCUUAUGGGGAGGAGAUCAAGCCUUUCAAGCCGCCACUGAGUGACGCUGAGUUCCAUAGUUACCUUAAUGGACAGGGCCAGUUGACUCGGCCCGAGGAACUCCGACUGCGGAUCUACCAUGGUGGUGUGGAACCUUCGCUACGCAAGGUGGUUUGGCGAUACCUCCUGAAUGUCUACCCCGAUGGGUUGAGUGGACAGGAAAGAAUGGACUACAUGAAGCGGAAGACAAGGGAGUAUGACCAGCUAAAGAAAGAGUGGACAGCCCGAGCCAGCCAUGAGGACCUUGAAUUUAUUCGUGGGAAUGUUCUGAAAGACGUACUGAGGACGGACCGGGCUCAUCCAUACUAUGCAGGCUCAGAGGACAGUCCACAUUUGACUGCCCUCACUGAUCUGCUCACCACAUUUGCCAUCACGCAUCCACAGAUAUCAUACUGUCAAGGCAUGAGUGAUAUUGCCUCCCCUAUACUUGCGGUAAUGGACAAUGAGGCUCAUGCUUUCAUUUGCUUUUGCGGCAUUAUGAAACGCUUGGAGGGAAACUUUCGGCCAGAUGGACAGCUCAUGUCUGUUAAGUUCCAGCAUCUAAAGCUGCUUCUGCAGUACUCUGAUCCUGAAUUCUACUCCUACCUGGUGUCCCGAGGAGCUGAUGACCUCUUCUUUUGUUAUCGUUGGCUGCUUCUGGAACUGAAGCGAGAGUUUGCAUUUGAUGAUGCUCUAAGGAUGCUGGAGGUUACCUGGAGCUCUCUGCCCCCGGAUCCUCCUGAAACUGAAGUGGAGCUUCUGGGACUGCCACUGGAGACCAACGAACAAAUGUCCUGCAGAGAUAAGAAGGACACAGUUGAGAACUGCUUUGGAGAUGAUAACGAACAAAAAGAAAAGCAGCGUAGACGACAUAUGCUGAGGCCUUCGAGAGAAGAACCAGAUGUUAGCAGAAAUGCUGUUGCAGAAGAAAAAGACAGGCAAAAUGUGGGCACUUUAAAGCAAAGUGCUGGUGGUGAAUGUGAUACUCCUCAACUGACCACGGAAAAGGGGGAUUUGCAGGGUUGCCCUUUUGAAAGGCAAACUAGUUUUGGAGAGUUUAAAUACUUCACAGCCCGAAAUGAAGACAGCUUUGAUAUGGAGGAUGCUAAACAGCCACAGGGAUCGAUGCCAUCAGAGGCAGUAACAAGCAUCCCAAGGCGCCAGUCCACAAUCGACAGUGACGAGGACCCAGGGGAAAGAACACCUCUCAUUAAAAUCUGUGACAAUGGUUUCUCUCUCGUGCCAUCUCCUCUCUUCUCUAGUGGCCUACCAAACUGGAAGGCUGUCUCUCCUACAUCUUCAGCUCCACCCUCCAGCUGGCCAGGUGCUUCUCCAGACUCUGUUCAAAAAUCCACAUCCGCAUCUACAACUAAUGGAUGUCAGGCCUUACCAAAAACUGUCCCAAAAGCAGUGGUUUCUUCUUCCCAAGUGUAUAGUGGUUCAGGGAUCAGCUCACCAGGAACCCCAACUGUAAAAACAUCUGUUCCAUCUCCCUCUCACACUCAUAAUAGAUUGCUGCUCUCUUCACCCAUUUUGUCGUUUGCAAAAGGCCCCUCACUGUCUGGCAGCAGGUUGUCUACCAACAAUCUUCCUUCACCUGGAAGCAAAUCCCCCAGCACCACAGAUGACACGCCAAGUUCUUUAAAAACUGAGAGCACCAGCAUAAAACCCUGUUCUUUGCCGCCUCCUCAAGAGUUUGGAAAAGGCAAUCCUUUCAUGCUGUUUCUGUGCCUGUCUAUCCUGCUGGAACACCGAGACCACAUCAUUAAGAACAGCUUGGAUUACAACGAGCUAGCCAUGCACUUUGAUCGCCUUGUGCGACGCCACAACCUGAGCAGGGUGCUGCAGCGAGCCAAGGCCUUAUUUGCAGACUACUUGCAAAGCGAAGUUUGGGACUCAGAAGAAGGGGACGAGGUGAGCUCAGACUCUCCAACAACAGCUACAGUUGCUCAGCACUCCCCUUCUUCAACCAUUUCUCCCAGGCCCAUCUACAGCCCGCUAGCAUCACCGCAGCCAUCAUCUCGGAACUCAACCUAUAACCUCACAACCACAAUUCCCUCCCUAGCAGCUCAAGUUUCCCUUUCCCCAACUUUCUGAUUCUGUCCUACAUUACCGACUUCCAAACCUCAGUGAACUUCUUAGUAGAGUGUUGGUGGCCUGUUGGAGGUGACAGCUUCUCACAUUGAACUUUGCUGUUUAUAAUUGUCUCACUGUAUAUGCCUGAAUACAUAUAUUCCAUAUGUCUGUAGUCAUAAUAUUGAAUUUAUUCUGUUGUCUGUCCUAAAAGUGGGGAUGAAAGAACUUCAUUUCUCAUUCUAUCCUCUGAGGUUGCUGAUGCAUGAAAUGUUAAACUCUGUGAUUCAGGCAUUUGAUGGUUAGCCGGUGUGGCUUUCUGCCUUUAAAUGGAACCCACAAAGGUUUAGCCACUUGGUGCAUUUAGCCUAUGUUGCCCUUUUUUUAUUAUCUUUUAUUUGAAGUUCAUGUUCUGUCCAAAAAGCCACACAAGUGUCUUAACAAAAGCACUAGAGGUACAGCUACAUUCUGUACAAACAUGAGGGAAUAUCAAGGUUAAAGUGCUCACAAAUGACUUUGACAGAAACACGACUUGUUAGUCAAGACUUAAUUUGAAGGCUGUGUCUUUUCUUUUACUCAUCCAAAGUGCUUUAUUUUUGGAUUUAAUGGCAAAGGAAUAACACCCAGAGAGGCAUCUAAGCAGAAAAAUGUUGCAGUGGCCCAUACAUUCCCCCUCGCAUAUUUAUUAAUACCAUCUAUGCUAUAUGCUGAGAAGUCAGAAUUAUUGUUUUUUUCACACUUAAUCUUGUUGCCAUGAACUCUCUCUGCCGUCAGCAAAAAAAAAAUCUAAAUGUUUAAUCUUCCUCAAUGGCCUAUUGCUUCUGUAAAACAGUGGUUAUAUGAUUAACGUUUUAUCCCAAGUGCAGUGUAUUUAUGUUGACAACAUCUGAGAUUUUGGGUUAGUACGAUGGUGGUUGUGUCACAGAGGGUUUCACAAUAGCUAAAUAAUUCUUAUAUGUUACAAGUGUGUUUUUAAAAAACAUAUUUUUAAAUGCAACUCAGCCUGUACUAAGGUCUGGCACCUUAGCAACAGAUGAAGCUUGUUAUAUUUUCAGUUCCUUAAAAAAUGGUUUCAGAUCCGUUCACUGCUACGUAUCAAAGAUUUCUGUAAUUAAAUCAUGACAGGGCUGCUCAUCAUUUUGGGUUGAUGAUGUCACACAAAAUUGUGACAUCGUCCUAUUUAACCGCAUUAUGCUAUAAAAAACUGUGGCUAAAAUACUGUAGAGAUCAGUGUGGUGUCGGUCUGCAUUGUACAAAUACCAAUUUGAUCCUCCUCGUGCUGGAUACUUUUAAACUACAACAAACAGUAGUAGGUACUAGGUAGUAGUAAGUACUGUACAAUUUCUACUGCUUUGGAGGGUCCUUUAGUAAUGUCUCAUUUUAGCACUUUGUUUAUUGCUGUUACCCAAAAACUGUCCUUUUGCUGUGUUUUCUGUAUGAUGAGAAAGUAUAUUCAGUAUAUUUAUCAUUGAUAUUUAUCAUUGAUUUUUGAGUGUGACAGGCCUCAUAUUAUGACAAUGGAAUAAGAUUUAAUGCCACUUGGCACAACCAAUUACAGAAGAUAUUAGCCGGUGUGCAACUUUUUGGCAGAGAAGUGCCUCAUCAUGUUUGAAUCAGUAGCCUUGAUUUAUUAUUUCUUUUGUGCUCUUAACAUCUGUCUGCAAUGUGAUAUUGUACAGGCUGAGUAGAAUUUAAAUUAAAUAAUGAAUUGACAGACAUUGUUCAAAUGUGGGUUAUGGUUAGUGAGCUGUAACUCCCCUUUGGUGGAUUUUAAGCAGAGUCCAAUGCCAUUUCAAAGCAUCUAACCAAUUUCAAUUCCAUCGGUUCAAUCAAAUUUAGAUGAUACAGUGCCUGUAAAAAGCAUUCACCCCUUGAAUGUUUUCCUGAUAUGUUGCUUUUUAACAUUGAAUCAUGGUCGGUUUAAUUUGACUUUUUUUUAACAAGAAUCUAUGAAAAAACUCUCAUGUCAAAGGUGAAACAGAUUUCUAUAAAAUAAUAUCAAUUAAUAUUAAAUGAAAUAUAAUACGUAUAAGUCAGUAUUUGCCUCCUUUAAAGUGACCUAAUUCAACUUAAGUCCCCUGUAUAAGUUUUUUGUCUUGUCACUCAAUCAAGUACCUGCCUGUCAGGUUUAGUGUGUGUUUUGUUUUGUUUCGUUGUUUUGUGUUUUUUUUUUUUUUUUGCAAAACAAAUCUACCCACGGGUAUAAAUAAAGUAACUUUGAACCUUGAACCUGAAGUCCAGGUAACUGGUGAUAGAAGUCACACAACUGGGGAAAUGGAGAUCAUCUCAGUACGGUUAAUGAGUCUAAAGUGACUGUAGUUUGAAGAUGCCUGUGCCUGGAAAGUCCAGUCAUUUGUGCAUCAGUGCUCCUUGCUAGAACAACACCAUGAAGACAAAAAAAAAAAAACACUCCAAGCAGCUCUGUGAAAGGGCUAUUGAAAAGCUUAAGUCCUGGGAUGGAUACAAUCAUUUUUUGUCACCGAAUAUCCCUAGGAGUACUGUUAAAUCCAUCAGUAAGAAAUAGAAGGAAUAUGGCACAUGUGUAAAUCUGAACAGAGAAGACCAUCUUCAAAAACCUGAGUGACCAUGCAUGAAAGAGACCAGGGAGGAGGCCGUCAAGACACGUGUGACUCUUCCCAAAGAGUUAAAAGCUUCAGCUGCUGAGAUUGGAGAGACUGUGCAUACGACGACUGUCGUGGUUCUUCAACAAUCAAAACUUUAUUAAGAGACUGUUAGAAAAAGCUCAUGUUAAAUCUCUGGGCAGCAUUCCCUGAAAUGCUUGUAAAUGUAGAGAGAGAAAUGAAUGCAGCAAAGUAUAGAGAUAUCCUGGAGGACAGUUCGAUGCAGUCUGCAAGACAGCUGUGGCUCAGGAGAAGAUUUGUUUUGCGGCCAAAGCUACACAGAAAUGGUUUGGAAACAACAAAAUAAUUGUUCUGGAGUGGCCGAAUCAGAGCCCAGACCUCAGUCCAGCUGUGAACUUGUGGCUCGACCUGAAAGGUAAUCAGUGUAACCUAACUGAACUUUAGCAGUUGUCCAAAGAAGAAUGGUGCAAAUUACAGUAUUCAGAUGGGCAACAGCCAUAGAUGCACUCACCAAAUGCUGACAUGAAUGAGCACCUCAAUAAUCAGUUGUUUAUGUUUUAUUAAUUGACAUUACUUUGUUGAAGUCUGGUUUUGAUGUGAGCAUUUUUUUUUUUUUUUGGUAAAUUCUUGUCACAAAAGACAAAUUAUAUUGACCAUGAUUCAAUGUUGAAAAGUAAUAAAGAAAAACCAACAAAGGGGGUGAAUACUUUUCAUAGGCACUGAACAUAGCAUAUGACAAAGUCAAUUGUAAGAUCCUAAGUAUCUUAGUGGCUGAAUUUGAAUCUACAGGGUAUUUUUAUUAUUGUUAUUCCUAAAUGUUUUUUUUUCUUGUUAGACAUAAGUGUCCAUCCUUGAAGAGUAAUGUUUUAUUUCCUUAUAGAAUCAGAAGGGCACUCAAAGUGCAGACCUCCUCUAAGGCCAAUGCCUUAAUUUGCAAUUUUAAAGAAACCGGUCUACACAUAGAUGCUCAGGUCUUGUGGAAACAUAUUGUUUUUUAUUUGUCUGUCUGUAUUCAAUUUAUGAAAACAUUGACAUUCUUCAGCUUAAUUUGGUGUGCAUCCUGAUAAAGACUGUGCAUGGCUGUAACAUCACAAAGAGAAUGGGAAAUCUAAGAGAUGCACCUCCUCUGCCAUUUUCCUCAAAUGUGGAUCAGAUGAUCUAGGCAAAGGUAACCCUGUUGAUUCUUAUCCAGCUGAAGAUAUCUCGAACGGUACUACACUGUAUGUAACAAUAAUUGCAAUAGAGUGGAGAGUUGAAACCAUGGUCAGCAUUUGUAUGUUGCAAUGGGGCAAUAGGUUUGAUUCAACUAAACUCAGUAUAAUUCAGUUUUAUUUAUAUAGCACCAAUUCACGAUAUAUGUCAUUUCAAGGCAGUUCAUAUAGUAAGGUGAAGACCUUACAUAUUAUAUACAGAGAAACCCAGCACAUCUAAAGUUUCCUUUGGAUUCCCCUUGAGCAAAAACCUGACAACAGUGGGCAGAAAAAAACUCUCCUUUAACGGGAAGGAAAAAAGACCUCCAGGAGAACCAGGCUCGGGGCAGGUGGACAUCUGCCUGGGCCAGUUGGGGAGAGGGUAAAGGGGAGAGAGAACAGGACAGCACAAGCACAGACAAGCAACGCAUAAGAAAAACAGUAAACACAUUUGAGGUUGGUGAGGCUAGUAGCUGCAGAUCCAGAGAUACCUGCAGAGAGGACACGAAGUUAGUGACAUCGAUUCAUGGAUGUCUUUCAUUUGGUUAAUUUUGUACUCUGCCAUGACCAGGAAAUGUGUUCAGACUGCAAGUGAUGUCUGUUAUGCACUGACACUGAUCAUAUCAUGUCCUUAUCUAAAAUUACAUUCAUAUAACCAUUCUUUUAAAUAUGAAUCUAAGAAUGAGACAUUUGUGUCAAAACAACAGUUAUAUGUAAAAUCAUCAACUUUCUAAUUAGAUAAGAUGCCCUAUUGACGUAUGCAGAUUGGGGCCAAGAUUUUCUAGUAGUCCACAAACACACACAGGUUAUUGUUGAUGUUUUGGAUCUCAGCACAGUUCAGAUGUGAGGGAACAUUUAGGGAAUUGUGGGUACCUGAAAAAAGUUAAGGAGUAUAUCUUGCUUUGGUAAAAGUUUGCUUGUUUGUUUCUUCUCAGAGCUGUUUACCUUUCACAUUUUAUUCUUGGUUUUCACUGGCUCAUGUUCUGUAUUCUCAGCAGUCUGUAAAACAGAAGUGAUGGUUCCACCUCAAAUAGGGAAAUACGUUUUUUUCUAGGAGUGUCUGUUUUAGGCAGAAACUAAAACAGUUGUGACGUCUUUGUUGUUGGUAUUACAUUCUGGUUUGCCUCCAUUUGUAUAGCAGUAUUUAUUUCUAUAAUUAAAACAAACAGAAGUAGUUGGACUGGCUAGACUUUGAGCUAGCAAUAUGUGCAUUUGUUAAAAAAAUUGUUUAUCUCUUAUAUAUGUGCACAAGCAUUAAGCCUUUUAAUGAUACAACACACAACAAUGUUAAUGAUUGUAUAGAUGACACAAAUAAAUAAUAAUCAAUGAAACUGA